UACAGAGAAACUGUCAAAACAUUCCAAUGGUGUGAGGUAGACUCUGGUACAGAAAUCUCUGGCUGGCAAAGCACAAGGCAACCAGCACAAUCAUGGCUCCUCAACAUAUCUUGCUUCUGCUGGUUAUCCUGGUCAGUGCUGUCGAUGGGCAACAGCAGUUAAUGGAAUACAUGGAGAGAAGGCUGGCUGGCUUAGAGGAACGCAUUUCCCAGUGGCAUGAUCAGAGUAGCCGUUAUUCCACUGAACUGAGAGAUUUCAAGAAUAAGGUGGUGUCCAUGUUGGAGACAGUAGAAAAAGAUAAGGAAAUACUCCGUGCAGAGGUGGAAAAUACUGCAAUACGGGUGGACCGACUGGAGCGAGAGGUGGACUAUCUUGAGACCCAAAAUCCUGCCCCACCCUGUGUGGAAGUAGAUGAUAAGCUAAUGGAGAAUCAGGCUUCUACUGGCAAGAAGCGUAAGAACGAGAAAUAUGACAAACUGACAGAUUGCAGUGACACCAUAUCCCAAGUCAAAGCCAUGAAGAUAUUAAAGAGGUUUGGCAGCACUGCUGGACUCUGGACCAAAGACCCCCUCAGUAAUUCAGAGAAGAUCUAUGUGUUUGAUGGCACCAGCAAUGACACUGUCUAUGUUUUUCCAAGGAUGAGAGAAUUCACCCUCUUUUCUGCCACCCGAAAGGCUGCACGCAUCAAGUUGCCCUAUCCAUGGGUUGGCACAGGACAUUUGGUAUAUGGAGGGUAUCUUUAUUAUAUUCGGCGACAUGGCACAUUUCAGGUCAUCAAAUUUAGCUUGACCAACAAAACGAUUGUUGAUAGUUCUGUCUUCCCAGCUGAGGAGCAGAUCCCUGUCUUUGGUCUUGCAUCCUACAACUACAUUGAUUUGGGGGCUGAUGAGGAAGGCAUCUGGGCUAUUUAUGCCACACAAGAAAAUGAGAAAAAUAUAGCUUUGGCCAAACUAGAUCCUACAUCUCUAGACAUUGAGCAAAUGUGGGACACACCAUGCCCUCGGGAGAAUGCAGAGAGUGCUUUUGUUAUCUGUGGAGCUCUCUAUGUAGUAUACAAUACCCGGUUGCCCAGCCGAUCCCGUAUUCAAUGUACCUUUGAUGUCAGUGGGUCAAUGGCAUCUGAAGAUGCUGCCCAAGUCUAUUUCCCAAAACGAUACGGUUCUCACUCCAGUAUGAAGUACAACCCCAAAGAGAGGCAGAUCUAUGCCUGGGAUGAUGGUUACCAGAUCAUUUACCGUAUGGAGAUGAAGAAGAAGAGUGAAGUCUGAAACAGGCCUUUGUCUCUGGCAAAAGAGAAUCUGAAACAUAUCUCAGUGCCACUCAGAUGCCACACAUGCCAAGUGGUGCAUAGCAUAGGAAGGCAACAGCCACAAUGAGGACUGAUUAGACUGAAUUUUUAAAAGGAAUGCCUUUCUGAUAUAUUAAAUGCUUUUAAACAGA